AUGGUCAACCGGGAGGCAUUCAAGCGCUACGUCGAGGUCGGCCGCGUCGUGCUGGUCAACAAGGGCCAGGGCGAGGGCAAGCUGGCCGUGAUUGCCGACAUUGUCGACCACAACAAGGCCAUCAUUGACGGCCCGGCUUCGGGCGUCGAGCGCCAGGUGAUCCAGUACAAGUACAUCUCCCUGACGCCGCACGUCGUGCCCAAGAUUGCGCGCGCCGCCGGCAGCUCGGCCAUCGCCAAGCAGUUCGAGGCGUCGGGCGUGGCGCAGAAGUGGGCCGAGUCGGCGUGGGCCAAGAAGCGCGCGGCGCGCAAGGCCAAGGCCGCCACGACGGACUUUGAGCGCUUCGAGAUCAUGCUGCUCAAGAAGCAGCGCCGCUACUUGGUCGGUGCCCAGGCCGCCAAGAUCAAGGCUUAA